GUCUUACGGACCUUACGGUUAUCAUACCAUUUUCCCGGUAGAUUUGGCCAAUUUUAUAUACUGCCGCUUACAGUCUUCCUUACAUAUUUUAAUUUAUCAGCAAAUUUUUUCAAACAAAAUCAGAAGUUUUUUUAAAAUCUCGGCAGAGUAAUCGCUUAACCAGUCAGUUUUAACGCACAGAGCAUGGUCACUUCGUCCAGGAUUAUUAAAGUGUCUUUACAGUGAUGCUAAGGAGUAUUCGAUAAAGCGGUGCACGGUUUCAGCUUUCCAGUUGGUGCUUGCAGCUGGAGCUGGUAAAUUUCAGCCAUCUGGGCUUUCAGUCGAAGUACCGUUACGCUUGGAACGCAAGACGGUCCGGACAUACCUAAGACUGUACCAGCCUACGGAGGCCUUGGAACCGCUGUUUAAAGAUGCCGAAGUCGAAGAGAAAUCGUGAAGUUCCGUUGACGAAAACUAAAUCAAAAGGGAAGGAGGAAAAAAGUUCGUUGAUCAGUGAGGUGCGGCGCAGCAUUGAAGAUUUCAAGUAUAUAUACGUGUUUGAGAUCCGAAAUCCGAGAAAUAAUCUCAUAAAAGAUGUUCGCGAAGAUUGGAAGGAUAGCAAGUUUUUCAUGGGAAAGAAUAACCUUUUGCAAAUCGCUCUGGGUCGUGAUGUUGCGGAUGAGCAGGCUCCCGGUUUGGCCAAACUGUCGGCACAGCUACAAGGACAGCGCGGACUCCUUUUGACUAGUCGACGGAAAGACGAGACGUUGGCAUUCUUUCGUUCUCAUAAAAUUAAAGAAUAUGCCAGAUCGGGCUUUCGCGCCACAGAAACGGUUGUCCUGGACGCAGGGCCUCAGAAGCAGUUCUCCCAUGCUAUCGAGCCGCAUCUUCGCCAACUGGGACUUCCGACAGUUCUGGAUAAAGGAGUGGUUACUCUGAGUAAAGAUUUUACUGUGUGCACGGAAGGGGACAUUUUAACUCCAGAACAGUGCAAAAUUCUGAAACUGUUCGAGCUUCCUAUGGCCAGUUUCGGCUUCCGGUUACAGUAUCUCUGGACGAAGAAAACUGGGAAACUUAAAAAGCUGAGCGCUAGAGAGGUUAAAAAAUCUGAUGAUACCGAUGAUAAAAUGGGUGAUGAGUGAACAGUUGCGCUUUUAAAUUUUGUAUUGCACAAUCUGCAAUUAUGUUCCGACUUAAAAUUGUACGCUUUAUUUUUUGAGUUGCACUACAUUGUCUCAUAACGAUGUACCAGCAGAUCCAGCACUAACGUGAGUCCCUUUCUUCCAGUUUUAUCGGAAUACAGCUGUGAAACUCGAAGCAGUACUUACAUUUGCCAUUUCUGGUGUUUUCUACCUUUAACUGCCUAAGCGUUUUAGUCUUAAUUGUAGCAAAAUGCUGUAGAUGCUUAACUUCUGCUUCGGUACAGGUGCAUGGUACAGAACUGCAAAAGCACGCCCGUGUAUUUGGACAAAACAGACGGGAAAAAAAGGCUUCUUUUUUAAAAGAAUGAACUGGCAUGGGCCAUCAUAUAUUGGACGAAAAACUAGGGUUUCACUUAUAAACGCUUU